UGGAAAGCAGAACCAUUUCAUUUUGUGUGUUUGAACUUAUCUUUCCGAGGUGUAAACCAAAAGCUAAGAAACAAAGAAGCCAAAAGGAACUUUUCCUGUGUUUGGAGUGUUGGAAUCUCAGAAGACUGAAUCUUUAAGUAUCUUGAUAUUUGAAAAAGGAAUAUACUGCACUCUUCUGUUUAGAAAUCUUGACUAAUAAAAUGCUUGGAGAAGCCUUCCUACUUGAACUCCUAUACAAGGAACAGAAAUAUACAACAUUUUGUAAACCACCUACAUGUAAGAAGACCUCAAAUGAUGAAAAGGAAACCUGGAAAAAGCAGCUCUUAGAUAUAGAAGACAAUUCACUUUCUCCUGAUAAAAUAGAAAAUCAACAAAAGGUUGAGAAAGAAAGGUUAACAAAGCAAAUUAAUGAUACAAAUAAAAUAAAAUUUGUAGAUGAAAUAACUGUACCAAAAUGCAAAAGUGCAUCCUUUCCAGGAAAUCUGUCUGUUGCGCUGCCCAUUCCAAACAGAGAACAAUGUGAUGAAAGACAACUGGAUUUAUACCGAUCUUGGUCAUGUACAAGUAUUUGCCAGAAUUAUCCUGACCUACAGAUUGGAGGAGACCAUGUGGGCAACAUGUAUGAUUCAGGCUGCUUUGUGGAACACAUACGUGAUGAUGCUUUUAAUGGUCCCCUUUUACUUUCAGUAGAUAUACCAUUGGGCCAUUCUCCCAUCGUUGAGCCUCUAGAGAAACUAUCUGCCUCAAAACUUUUGAAUGGAGAUGAAAUUCGAGAAAAAAGUAUGUUGUUUCAUAAGCAGCCUCGCUCUAAUUCUAUGCUUAAUAAGUAUAUGGAAAACAAGCUGGAUGAACUCUACAAACAAUUUUUGGAAGAAAAUCUCACUAAGUGCCUCUCUAUAACCAACCUUAUGGCUUCUAAUUUGCUAAUGAAUAAUGUAAAUCAGUUUAGCCUUCAAAUCUCUCAAGAGCAGAACGUAGAGGCUUCGAAAGCCCGGGAAGCUCUCCUACAUUCUUUUUCAAGAUGUAAUUUCUAUAACAUUUCCCAUGGAAACAGUUCUGAAUUCAGCACUCCUAACCUACAAAUAUCAAAACAGAGAAGUAGGGAAUUUGUAUCACAUGUAAUAUAAAAACCAAUUAUAGGUUCCUUGCACUGAUUUAAGAGAUUGGAGUAACAAUAGUUUUCUCUGCUUUAUCAUGUCACAUCAGGCCUCCUUUGGGCUGUGGUUAUUACAUUUGUUGAGAAAUUAUUUGGCCUUGGCAGGGUAGCUCAGUUGGUUAGAGCACCAUCCUUCAUACGCCAAGGAUGUGGGUUCGAUUCCCAGUCGGGGCACAAAUCUUUCUCUCUCUCUCUCUCUCCAUUCCUCUCUCUCACUAAAAUCAAUAAAUAGAAAACAGAAAUGAUUUCAUCAAUGGUAUAUCUGUAUUAUUUUAUGAGACAAUUUUAAUAAUUAAGCUGUAUGACCAUGUUUGUUAAUUAUUUUGACAUCUUUAAUGGUUGUCACAUUCGUGUUUGUAAAUUCUGUAUGGCUUAUUUAUUUAAUUGCCACUGGCACCCCAAAUUGAUUGCCUCACUCUUGCUCAUCAGCUUUAUUUACCACAAAAGUGGUACAAAAUUGAGAUGAGGAAAGUAUUAUUGCUUUCAGCUACUGAAAGGAUCACUAGAAAUGAUAGCUUACAGAACCAUUUAUUUGCCACAAAAAUAUUUAAAAUCUUAUGGAUUAUGCUUAUUCUUUGUUUUAUUUUUAACAUACAUACAGGUAUUUUGACACUGACAGUAAGAAUAGCCUAAAGGAAAUUCUUCAAACUAAAGUUGGAUUUAAAUGGCAUUGGAAAAGUAUGGAAGAAAGGCUUAAGGAAAAUAUAGAAUUUGACAUUGAAAUUUGCAAUUGAAACCUGGUGCUUUCUAUACUUACCUGGCAGGGGAGAUGCCAUGAUCAAGAAGGUGGUUUUCCCAGGGCGAGGCUUAUCCAUUGCACUCUAGAUGUGCUGACCCCUGCGAUUUCCCCAAAUGUGGGAAACUUGACUGCAUAAUUUGUAGUAGUGGGGGACUGAGUUUGCGCUCGCCCCUGACGGGGG